ACUCCCAUUUUUCAUUAAAAAGUUUCUGAUGGGCAACGCUUUCGGCCGAGACGGUGUCGUCACUAAAAUCGUGGAGGGCGUCGUACCCGGUGGUGGACUCAUCACUGGCCCGAUUCAUGCAGCUGCUGGCAAUCCGAUUCAUGCCGCACAAGCGGCAGUUGCUGGCUUUGGAACUCUAGCGGGCGCAGUGGUAGGAGGACCUGUGGCUAGUCUUGCCGUUGGAGCCGGAACUACAGGUUUGCAAUCGAUUUUCACUGAACUCGGGCUGGAGGAUCAGAAGAAAGAUGCAGCAGUGGCUUCGCUGUCCUCUGGACAUUCGGAAGAGGCGGCCAAGAUUGUUGUGGAAGCUGGCCAACAGAAGAUCAGGGAAAAUGUGCAUCGUUUGUCGGCGGAAUCUGGAGGUCGAAGAAGGCUCCGAUCCUGUCACGGGACUUAUCUUCGUGCGUACGAUUGGGAUUUGAAGGUGGAUAUGAAGACCGGCAAUCCGGAGUCAUGGGAAAACUGGUACAUCGAGGACUGGAAGGGAAGCGUCGUCUUCAAGGCAAUCCAUUCUCCUGGUAAAUUCCUGAGUGCUCACGAAGGGAGCAAAGAUGUGAGCCUCGUGAUGCACCAUCCUAAAUCCUGGGAAAUGUGGAAGCCGUUCAAGAACGACAAUGGAUCCUGGUCGUUCCUCAGUGUUCAUGGGGCUUGGCUCAGUGCAGAUGUGGAUGGACGGGUGUAUACUGUUGAGAAGUGCCGCGAGUGGGAACAGUUCUGGUUGGAGUGGUGGUGAUCCAUAUUUGUAAGAUUAUUAUCCUGUUGAUGCAAUAAAUCUUUGAAUUUUUUAA